AUGAUCCAGCUUCAUGUUUGGGGUUGUGGAACGGAAAUAUCGGUCAUUUCGCCAGAAUGCCUUGCCGCGAGCUGGCUAUUGACUGAUUCCUUGUCGAAUACAUCUGAAGAAUACGAAAUAGUCACUUCCUCCAAUACAAAUGUCUCAGAUAUAGGAAAGUUGCCAGUGCUAACGACAGCUGAAAGAAAGCUCCAGGGAUUUGAGGAGAUUUCCAAAUACAUUUUAGAAACUUAUGGUGAUACCAAUUUCGUGUCCAAGGAAUUAUCUACCCAUAACCAACUAGUCAACAAGGCAUUGAUAGCCAAAUUGCAGUAUAAAGUCGAGUAUAUCCACCAAUACAACAUGUUUGUCAAUUCCAGGAACUACGAGAAGUAUACAACGAAGCUCUUCCAGAAAUACUUACCCUUUCCCAUGAUGUACAACCAACCGUUGAAGUUGCACCAGAACGCCCAGGAACAGGUUCAAUUACUUGGGCUCAACAAGAACAAGACUGGAUUCUUCGAUUUUUCUGGUAGUGUGAAUAAUUCUGAAAUUGCAGAAACUGAAUAUAUCAAUGACGAAAAUGAGGAACAAGACGAGGUCGCAUUGAGUGCACUUCAUGAGAGACAACUAGUAGCAAAAUCGAAGGAAAAACUGCUUUUGAGAGAAUCAAAGAAUUCGUUGAAGUGCUUGCAUUUGCUCAAUGACUACUUGGACUAUUUCUCCAAGUUGUAUGAGAAAUUGAAUGGUAAUAAGAAUCUGUAUGGAUUCAUAUUCGACCAGAAAAGAGCAAGUUCAUGCGAAAUACUCUUGUGUGCUUACGUGUAUUCAUUGACUUAUGAGGACUUACCUGACAGAUUUAUCUAUAACUACUUGAAGAUUAAAAGACCUGACUUUACAGAGUUCAUUGCUACAUGCACCCAGAGAUGGAAUACCCAAUUGCAGAUAGAAGAUGCGGUCAGAGGUCCUGAAAACGAGGAAACACCCAGCUUGUGGAACGAGGUCAAGUACCAGACUGGAAUUGUACAUUACUAA